GCGAACAACAGUUCUCAACUUCUCCUACUUGAGAUCAAGUCAGAAUAAACUUCCUGGGAAGCGAAAAUCAUAUAUAAACUAGUCCAUGCAGCGUCAACGGGGAAGUCGCAGCUUCGACUUGAAGUGAGCGUCUGCAUUUCCCCUUCAUUCUUGUCUUUUUUGUCAUCGACCUAAGAAUACGGCGUACGCAGAAGGAGGUAUUUUUAGUUCAUUUGACUCCUUCGAAACACGUGUGCCCAUUUUGAUCAGGAUGACCGUUCAAUCCGCCUUGUUGCCAAUAUUGGUCUUUGGACUGGUGUCUAGCUUGGUGCGCUGUGCUUCCUUUUCUGGUAGGCAGAAUGGCACCCUAGAGCGACACUGGGAGACUCUCUACUCGCGCUCCUUGGCUCGGAUCCCCGGGGAAAAAAGAGAGAUCAGCCGGGACAGUGACUAUCUCAUGGGCAUCAAACGGCUACGACGUCUCUACUGUAACGUUGGCAUUGGAUUCCAUAUCCAGGUCUUACCAGACGGGAAGAUAACUGGAGUACAUAACGAGAAUCGACACAGUCUCCUCGAAAUAUCCCCAGUGGAAAGAGGCGUUGUGACUCUCUUCGGCGUGCGGAGUGGGCUAUUCGUGGCCAUGAGCGGCAAGGGGAAGCUGUACGGAUCCAGCCAUUUCAACGACGAGUGCAAGUUUAAAGAAAAGCUCCUGCCAAAUAAUUACAAUGCCUACGAAUCGACGGCGUACCCAGGAAUGUACAUAGGACUUAGCAAAAGCGGCAAGACGAGAAAAGGAAACAGAGUUUCUCCGGCAAUGACAGUAACCCACUUUUUGCCAAGAAUAUGAGUCAGUUGUCACUUUACCUCACUGAGUGGAGAAAGAAUAAGGGACUCAAAACAAUGCACUUUCAUGUUGAAUUUUAUGCAAUAUUAGGCGCGUCAUAUUUAAAUGAAUUAUUUAAGUAUGUAUAUUUUGUGGAAGACGUAUAUUUAUAAUUAUGGAUAAUUUUAUAUUUCAUGGAAACUGGUCAGCCAGAAGAGCGGCAAACGUA